AUGCAAGAUGACGUCUUAUCUACCCGAUCGGCUGGCUGCCCGUACAAUCCGACAUCACAACAGGCUUCUGAAAAUCUACAGCCUAUAUUGCUUAUUUUCUUUCUCAUUCGCUUGCUUGCUCUUUCUCUCAUGUUUGCUCUCUCCCACUCUCAUCACCCAGUUUUUUUUCAUUUGCACUCUUACACACACUCUCUUUCCCACUCACUCUCAUUCUUUAGCUCACUCUCAAUCACUCUCUUCCUUUCUAGUUUUCUCUCAUUUGAUAAUUUUACUCCCUUUCUUUCUCACUUGCUACUCCUGUCCACUCUCUUUUAUGCUUGCUCUCACUUUCUCCCGAUAGUUCUCUCUUAUGCACUCUCUUUCUCUCCCACAGUCACUUUUCCCCCCACCCACAUAUUCUCUCUCUUUCUCUCUCAAGUGACUGUUUCCCCUCCCCUUACAAAGCAUUAUGAGAGAGUAUGUUGA